CUUUCUUCUUUUCGUUUACAUUUUUGUAUUAAAAAAAAAACUCUAAUGGGCUCGUGGAGGUAGCUGAAGCCCAAAAUAUGGGAUAAGGGCUAUAAGGAUUGUCGAUCAUAUCUUCUUGCGCCGUCAAAAAGCUUCCAGUCGCAAACGAUGACAACUUUCCAUUAAACUAAAAUGACAUAAAUACCCUUCAAAAUCCACAUAUUACUCUCAACUGUUUCAUCUACCUCCCUCCCUCUCUCCCCAUUCCCAAACUACACAUUACACAUUACCAAUUCUCAUAUUAAAAUCCACAAAACUCAAAUCCCCAAAAUAAACAAACCCUAAAAUUCAAAACAAUGAAAUGUUACAAAAGCUCAUCAAUUCUCUCAACCAAUCACCACCCAUUCUUCUACAAACAACAACCAAUCUCCUCUCUUCAACCAACUUCAAUCCCAACAACUAUCUCUUACCCAACCCGAACCCGAUUCUCCUCCACCCGGAUCCAAUCUCGAUUAACCCACGACGAUCCAGUAAAACAAUCGGAAGACUUAUCCUUCUACGAUCUUCUCGGCGUCACCGAAUCAGUCACACUCCCAGAAAUCAAACAAGCUUAUAAACAACUAGCUCGAAAAUAUCACCCCGAUGUUUCUCCUCCGGAUCGUGUCGAAGAAUACACAGAUCGGUUUAUUCGUGUUCAAGAAGCUUACGAAACUCUCUCCGAUCCUCGCCGGAGAGUUUUAUAUGACCGUGAUUUGUCUAUGGGGUUUUCUUUUUCUUUCUCCGGUCGACGCCAGAACCGUUACGAUCAGGUAAUUAAUUAUUAAAUUUAAUUUUUUUGCGAUAACCGAAGUUUUUGUUAGGAGAGAAAAAAUCAGCACCAUUUGUUUGGGUUUAUUAUGGUUAAGAAAAUUUAAGAGUUAGCAAUAAUUUUAGUGUAUGUGUUAUUGAUAAAUUUAUCAAGUGAUGUUGAUGUUAUUGAUUUGGAUAUUUUUGGUUCAUAUGUGGACAAAUAGUGUGUAGUAUUAUCCUCAAAAAUUCUAUUUUUAUUCUUUUUAUUUUUCGAAUUUCUAGAUUUACUCGGUAGAUUCAAGAACCUUUAUGGUGUCGACAGAAUUGACCUUAUCUUUAACAUGGUCCAAUAAAUUGACCCAUGUGUCGAUUAUUAGGUGACAAAUUAGCAGUGGAAUAGAGAAUAAUGAACUCAUUGAUCCUAUUUGCUACAAUCAUGGGUCUUCUUAUAAUUGAUUUGGGUUUUGGUGAUUGUUGUGAUUGUAGGAAGUGGUGGAAGAGAAGAGUGAGUGGAAAGCAAAAUGGCAAACUCAGCUCUCAGGGUUAAGGAGAAGAAGCAAUCAGAAAGAUAAUAACACGAUGUCUUGGGCUGCAAGAAUGCGUCGUCAACAACAAGAAUCUUCUUAACAUACGACAUCGAGUCUUUAGCCUUGUUAUGUAUAGUCUUUUAAUUGUUUGUGUGUAAUAUAGAAAGCAUAGCAUCAAUACCCCAGCAACUUUGUAUAUAUGUAAUGUAUAUACUCUUCUAUGUGCUUAUGCCAAUCGGCGGAAGCACAUUACUUUAGAUAAAUACCCUGAUUACUAAAUAAGCUUUCUUUGGUUGUGCGUUUUAUGUUUUGUGUUUUACGUUUUGAGUGGAGAACGGGAUUCUAGGUGUGGCAGCAACGUUUGUAAUGGUUAUUGAGUGAUAAUUCUGUUUAAAUACGGC